UGAACACAUCAUACACAUAAAACUGAAUUUAAAAAUGAGCAUGUUAAUGUAUUGCCAUCACCCCCUUCAUAUCCAUAUUAUAAUGAUUAAUACAGCAGUCAAAACCUGUGUAGAAAAAAAACGUUGGCGAACACACCUUAUCUGUAAUGAGGAAAACUGUACAAAAGAAUCCAGUUUCUCUUGCUAGACCAGUUACUUUUGAAAGCAUUGAUGAAGAGUGACAGGAGGACAAAGAAAGAGGGAGGGACAAGAAGAGAGUCUAGAAGCCAUACUGGAGCAGAGAGAAAAAGUGAGGAUGGCUACUUGAGGACGAUUGAUGCAGCGAAACCCAGCAUCACGAGCAACAGAGAAAGUGAUACCAUGCCACCCAGGUAAAGAUAAUCUGAAUGCUCAGGGGAUGGAUGGCGGGAUGGAGAAACAGAAGGAGGCAGAAAAAGAUAAAGAAAGUGAUUCUGUGUAUGGGGUUCAGAGACAAAGUGCAGAUGCACCAGUCAGACACCAGAAGGCAGCAGACGAACAUAAAUACCACACUCUGGGUUAUCAGAAAAAGAAGCAGAAGGGGCGUCUAGUCGCUACAUUUGGUAAGGGAUCUGCAAACACAAACUCUAGAGGAGCUCCAAUUCAGGUGCUGUUCAAGCAGGGAUCACCUGAAAAGACUCCCAUGCAGGAGGAGCGAGCCAGUGUUGGUGGAGGCCAGUCACAGGCGGAGGUGUUUAAACAAACUUUGCAGACCUUUGCCAUGCAUAAUGAGCUCAACUGGUGGGGAGAAGGAGACAAAGCUGUUGUCUUGGAGAAGAGCUGGACUGAUAUAGUGCACUCUCACAAGUCAAUGCCCAAAACCCAGAGGUACCAGCAGGAGGCACUAUGGGAACUCAUCCACACUGAGUUCAUUUACAUCAACAAACUCACCAUCAUCACUGAUCUUGUUCUUGCUGCACUGGAGCAUGUUCACCGACAGGGAUUUCUCCAUGAGGUUACCUCUGUCCAGCUCUUUUCUAACAUGCCGUCCAUCCGUGAUGCCCAUAGGUGUUUCUGGCAGGAAGUAAUGUACCCCAUGUUGCAGAAUGCCAGAUUGACUGGCCAACCUUUUGACCCUUUAAAGCUUGAGCCAGGAUGUUUACAGUUUGCUGAGCGUUUCUCUGCAUAUCUGGAUUAUUGUUGGGAAGAGGAGAGAAAUAUGGAAUUCACACGCAGACAGAUGGAAAUAAACCAACACUUUAACAUUUUUCUUACGUGGGUGGAGACUCAUCCCCAGUGUGGAAGAAUGCGACUGGGCGACAUGCAGGCAAAGCCCCACCAGAGGAUCACAAAGUACCCCCUGCUUUUAAAGUCUAUCCUGAAGGCAACACAGGACCAAUAUACACAGCAAACACUCAACCGCAUGAUAAACAGUGUCAGUCAGUUUCUAGACAGCAUCAAUGACUACUUGCUCUUUAAGGAUGAUGAGUUGGCACUCUUUGCCCUGUCUCAAAAGAUAGAGGGAUAUGAAUUACAGGGGAUGAGUGAAGAAAUAGACAAGUACAUGCAGGAGUUCUGUUGCUUCGAUUUAACUAGCCCUAUACGGGGCACGGAACCCAAAGUCAUACGCAAGCUCAUAAUGGGAGAGUCCCUGAAGGUUAGAGGAAGGAAGGACAGUAAGCUGGAGGUGGUGUUGCUGUUGUUUACCGAUGUGCUACUGCUGACCAAAACUCAGAAGAAAUCAGAGAAGCAGAAGGUUGUGCACCCCCCACUCUCCCUAGAGAGAAUACACUGUGCAGAACUCAAGGAUGGCUACUCUUUUGUCUUGUUGGAGGUGAGUGAUUUAGGCUGUCCUGUCAGUGUGUACAGUGUUUCGACUCCCAGCCCAGAUAGCUGUGCAUCAUGGAUCACUACUAUCCACCAAGCGCAGGAAGCUUUGGAGUCUCUAAGAAAAAAGGAGACAGUCAAACUUGAGGAGCCCAGUGAUCAGAGUCUAGAAGAUCCAUUUCCUCCUGCCAGUACACCGAACAUCAAGGAAACAGAAGAACAGUCAGACUAUAAAAGUCCUUUUGCUUCUCUCAAGUUUACAACUAUACAGUUAGAGAGAGAAGAACUGAGUUUGCAAAACCAGCAUAUACAUGCACAUUUUAUGAGCAAACAAAUGCAAAAAAGAGACAAAGAAUUUCAUAAUGAACACAACAUGACACAAGAAACUGAGGGGAGAAAGGGGAGUAGAAAUGGGCAUUGUGAAGACAGUGAUACUUUGUAUGGUCCUACAAUAGAAAGACGGGUAACAUGGAAUCACAAACUGCAACCACAUAAAAAAUCCAAUGCCUUUCCACAACAAGACUCAUUAGAGACCAACAAGUCCAUUGGUUCACAUCAUUUGUUAGUCAGUGGAUUAAGGGAAAACAGCGCCAAAAAAAGCCAGUCACCAUCCAGUCAGCUUUUAUUACCAAGUAAAUUUGUGCCUGUUGAGUCUGCAAUCAGUGUCUCACAGCCACAAUCACAGAAACCAGAUCUGCGGCAGGAUUCUUGGUCCCGCCAAUCAGGUGAUGAAAACAAGUCUCUCUCAGAAUCACAGACAUUCACAAGAAUAUUAAAAUCACCGAGGUUACGAAGGAAACGUCCCAUGAAUUCUCAGCCAUUUGCUCCAGUCCAGGGCUCCAGGAGAAUGUCAGCUGAGGCGGAAUCAUCAACGUCGUUUCCCAACAGGAAUUCGAACUCAGUCUCAGAUUCUGAUGAGAACCAUAAUGUUUGCAGACCUUCCAAUACAUCCUCCAAAUCCCAGGACCACCUGGUGCUGAACUUGGCCUCUAUCAAGCAGAACCAAGUUGUGUUCUGGAAUGUUCCUUCUGAGAGGUUAUCCGAGUCAGAGUCUGAACUGCCAAAAGAGAGACACAAUCGGAAUUCUCAAACAUUACCCAAUGGUAGAGCCCAGAGGAGUGAAUCCUUGCCUGAGCUACCGUCCUCCACUCUGCAGGGUAUUCUGAAUAGGGCCAAGGAGCGGGAGAGGGGGCGUGGAAUAGCAAAUAGAGAGAGGAAGCAUUUAGAAAAGACUACUCCAUCACCAUCACCCAGUGAAGGAGAAAAAGUGGCAGGAGCAGAGGACCAAGAGACGUUCAGAUCAAGAAAGUACUACUCUCAUACAGGGAUGGAAACCAUCAGCAACAAUGACAGGAAAAACAGACCAGUCACUCCGCUGGGUGUAAAUGUGGACUGGCCAGGCUGGUGCUUCGAUGAUGAGGAUGUGCUGGAGUUCACUGGGCAUAACGAUGAAACAGUAGACUGGUUUGAACAGACCCUGACUACGGCAGAGCUCCAGAAAACACCCAGGCAUAGUGAUGCAGAUUACAGUGAGGUGUAAAGCCACAAGCAUUUUGUUCUUUUGUAAAUGUGAUGAGAGAAACUGCUACAAGCUGGAUCUUUGUGAUCUGCACCAUAGUGUGUAGUAAAGUGUAGUAUAGACUUUCUUCUACAGUGUCUAUAGAAAGUGUGUGAGCCCUUUACAAUUUUCUGUAUUUCUGCAUAAACUUGACCUAAAAUUUGAUCAGAUUUUCAUCUGAGUCCUGAAGCUAGAUAAAAAGAACCUAUUUAAAUAAAUGAUGCAAAAAUAUUAUAGUUUUUACAUUUCCGUUUUUAGCAAAAUUAUAAAAUAUUAAAUAUCAUUGUCAGAAAACGUAUGUGAACCUUUGCAUUCAGUAAAUGGUGUGACCCCCUUGAGCAGCAGUAACUUCAAACAAACAGUUGGAGGAAUUUUGGCCCAUUGCUCUUUACAAAACUGCUUCAAUGUUGGUGGGCUUCCUUGAAUGAACUUCCCUUUUUGGGUCCUUCCACAACAUUUUUAUUGGGUUAAGGUCUGGACUGACUUGGCCAUUACAAAAUGUUAAAUGUCUUCUUUAACCAUUUCUUUGUAGACUUACUUGUGUGUUUAGGGUUGUUGCAGUGACCCAGGGUUAAGUUUCAGUUCACUGACAGAUAUCCUGACAUUCUCCUGUAGAAUUUGUUGGUACAAUCCAUAAUUCAUAGGUCCAUCAAUAAUGACAAGCUAUCCUGGACCUGAGGCAGCAAAGCAGCCCCAAACUAUAAUACCGCCACCCCCAUGCUUCACUAUUGGAAUGCAGUGUUUGGUUUUUGCCGGACAUAACACUUUUGUUUAAAAUUAAAAAGUUGUAUUUUGGAUUCAUCUGUCUACAGAACAUUCUUCUAACAGGCUUCUGGCUUAUCUAUCCGGUCUUGAGCAAACUUCAGAUGGGCAGUAGUGUUCUUUUUGGAGAGUAGUGUCCUCUGCCUUGCAUGCCAUGAGCACUGUUCUUGUUCAAUGUUUGCCUGAUUGUGGAGUCAUGAACACUGACAUCACUCAAUGCAAGAGUGCAAUGUAGGGCUGUAGUUCAUGGAGUGAUUUUUGCUGGAUGACCACUUCUUGGGAGAGUAACAAUGGUGCUGAAUUUCUUCCUUUUGUAUAUCAUCUGCCUCACAGUGAAUUGGUGGAGGCCAAACUCUUUAGAAAUGUUUUUUUUAAACCUUUUCCAGCCUGGUAAGCAUCGAUUACUCUUUUAUGGCACAUUUCCAUAAACCUGGGUGGUGAAGACCAGAUUUUGAUAGUGAAGAACCCAAGUUUAUGUUCUUGGACCAUGGGAGGGCCUGUUAAACUCACACCUAAUUGAAACACCUGACUUUAAUUUACCCCAUUAAAUUAGCCCAUACUUAUACUGGUUCACAUACCUUUUCCAACAAAGAUAUUUAAUGUUGGAUAAUUU